AUGGGCAAAAAAGAGGGCAGCAUGCAGCGUAAGCCCUACGAGGAAAUCGGUGCAAUUUUCAACGGGAAUGAGGUUAAAAUUCGUGUACCGAAGACCACAUCGAAACCACCGAAAUUGACACCAUCACAGUUGAAACUUCAGCAACAGUGCACGUGCGAUGAUGAAGGCUCUAUUUGCUCGGAGACCUGUGGCUUAUCCGGGGAAGAAGAUAACGGACCGGCGAACAAACUUAACUUUCAGAUACCAGACGACAUUUGUGAGGCGCUCACUAACAGGACAGCGUUGAAUUCCGAACUCACGUAUAGUAAAAAGGAAGCUCACGAAACUCUGUGCAACGUCUGCAAUGUAACUCCUAAGGACGCCCCCAAAGGAGUACAUGCUCAAAAAGUUUUGCAUCCUGACAAGGACGUGUUUGUACUUAAAAUAGGCAAGCAAACUGAUGAACCGAAUCGCACUGGAAAUAUAGAGGUGGAAUUGAUUACACCGCGCGCUCCGGCAAAGAUGAAACCAGCUACGCAUUGCUGCAAGCUUAUCCAAUGUGAAGAAGAGGACAUUCCGUGUUGUGUACCUUGCAGAACAUGCCGCGCUGUAGUCCCUAAGAGGAAAAAGGCUAGACGGAUAAAAUGCUGCCCUUAA